GGGAUCACGUGACCCGCCUUUUAAAUGGAGCGCACUGUCAUAGAGGGAGCUGAGGAUCUUUAAUGAGAGAGAAAGAAAGGAAUGCUUUUGAGAAUAAUGUCCUCCUUAAUUCAAGUUAAACGUGAAGUGGAGGAUUGGAGUUUUGAGCAAAAUGUGGAGAUCCCAUCAAGGAGAGAUAUUCUGACUGUGAAUUAUAAAGAACUUUUAACUCCAGACAGCCAGAAAAUUAAACUAUCUCCCCUGCAGCAUCGUCGAAAGCAAAGGGAGCAAUAUCGCAGCAAUGUCAACUCGCUGCGGGAGCUGGCUGCCAUCUUGCCAGUGCCGCCUCAGAAACGGGGAAAAAAGCGUCUCACAAAGAAGGAGGUUCUCAACCAGGUUUUGCGUUACAUUGCAUUUCUUCACAGGCACAUCAGCAAUGCUAAAUCCCUGCUAAAGAAUAAUUCUGUGGAGAUAGAUGAAAAUGAAUGCUGCUUAAAUGGAGAGGACUCGACAAGUCCAGAGGAAGCUGGGCAGAGUAAUGCAGAGGAGAUGAGCCCUCCUUCCUCAUCCCCAAACUUCAAGAAAAUGAGACUGAGGAAUAUCUGUCCCAAACCUAGGAAAAAAAAAUGGAUGGAAAAAACAGAAUGGAGACAGAUGCUGAAAUCUCGCCGAUGCCUUUACAGUGAGCCGGCCCGUUAUGUUAAGCACCCACAAUCAGAAAUCCAGCAUGAGGUUGAUCUAACGUGGCAAGGAACAUCUCUAGAUACUUCAUCCUCCAGCUCCGGUUCGCAGGACAACGCUGACAGGCUCCAAGGCCGUACUCUCUACCUUACCUUGUUGGAGGCGGCUGAUUCAAGAGAACCUGAAGGAUCCAGCCUCGACAACUUGGGGAAGCACGAGAUGCAACACGGCACUAAAUAUUCUUCUGAAAUCGAGGAGAGGAAGAUGGAUUUUAAUCAUGACUCCAGCUUAUAUGAUCCACCAGUCAGUCCUCCAUAUCCAAGUCUGAAGGAUCAGAAGCUGGUUCACUACCUCUCAUCCCACGAUGAAGAUGAUGAGGUAGACCGGAGUCCUUGGCUUCCACAGGAGUACCCUCGAGGAGCAGCAGAGGUUCAUUCUCCCGUCAGCAACUCUCGAACGGCAUCAGGGCUUCAGGCUUCACUUGGGUUGAGUCCCUCUCUCUUUUCAUCUCCAGCGCGACAUGUCCAACUUCUUCAAGAUGGAAAGGAGAAUCUGACGCAAGCCUUGUUUGGAACUGUGUGCCUUAGCCCAGAAUUUCCUGUGACCAAGCCUGGAGACCUGAAGCUAUCGAACACACGUCAAAGCCAGCAAUUACACAACAGUUACUGGAAUGCUCCUAUAAAGGAUGAACCGGAUCAAACUGUGCCAGAAACUCCACUGAUGGCCUCAGACACAUUCCAGUCGACAUUCAUCUUUGACCACUGCUACCUUCCAUACAGUGAAACAAGUCGAUCUGACUCCAGCCAGGCUGACAGUACAUCUUCAGGGGAGAAUUCGUGCCAGAUCUGCCCGACUUCAGAGAAGUGGCUCAGACGUCUUCUGCAGGAGGACAGCGAUGAGAGUGAGCACUGGUUCUCCUUUAGUGACGACAUUGAGGACAAUGAUAUCACCUGGACUCCGUACUACAGGGGGAAGCUGUCACAGCCCGCCACCUCCAGCAAGCUGAAGCGAGGCAAGAGCACGAGCCAAGGCCAGCGCAGGAAACGGUGCUGUGCUCUCCAGCUCAAGAAGAAAUGUGUCAAUGGCUUCAUCAUGUUCUGCCGUGUAAACAGGAGGCUGUACAUCAGUGACCACCCUGGAACAGCUUCCACUGUUGCUACCAAAGCCUUGGCACACGUGUGGCGUACCAUGUCAAAGAAUCAACGCCGGCCCUACUGUAUAAAAGCCCGCGAAUUCAGCAAGAUGAAUAAUCGCAUCGUGAGACUGGCUAGCUCGUCGAGUGAAGAGAAGGAGGAGGUGGAGAUGCCUAAACCCCUUCAUCUCCUGUGAGACCUGCCCCAUUACUGAGGCUAACAAGAGCACAAUGCUGUUGUGAAACGGCCCACGGUGUCCGACGCUAGAUGCACAGGACCACUGCUGAGUCGCUUGAGGCCCGGUCACUGAGUCACACAGUGAGGAAACAGGCCCUUCGGCCCAACUUGCCCAUGCCGGCCAACAUGUCCCAGCUACACCUGACAAACUCGCUCGUGUCUAACUUGGAUCACCAAGACAACUUGGAAAAUCAUUGCGAAAUAGAUUUUUUUUAUUAAUGGUUAAAUUUUGAAAACACCCACCUACAUAUUAGGACAGAUGGAAGUUAGUGAGAGUGGUGCUGAAAUUCAAGUGACUAUUGUGGACUGUCCAGCAGGAAAUGAACUUGAAGCCGUUUUCAUCAGUAUUGGGUAGAACUUUAAGUUUAUGUUCGAAGUAGCAAUGUAUGUGAAGCUUGGCUUGUGUUGAUAAUGAGAGGCAUAGCUUUCUUCUUGGCUCAGGCACUCAAACUACAGGCUCUAUCUCUGUCUCUGCGGGCAGCGUCAUUACCCCUGAGUCAGAAGGUUGUGGCUUCUCGUCUCAUUCCAAAAACUCGAUCACAGAUAUCAAGUCUGACAGUGUAGGAUAUUAAUUCAACCAAAAAAAAAAUGCCUUGCACUGAGGGGGAGCUGCAUUGUCAGGAGUGUGGACUUUAGGUGAGAGGUUAACUGGAAAAUCUGGCUGCUUUUGCAUGUGGAAGUCUUGUGGAAAAAGCAGGGGGCAUUAUCCCCUGUGUCCUGUCCAAUGUGGUCAUCCCACACUUAACAUUAGUACGAUAGAUCAUCUAGUCACGAGCACAGGGUUGUGUGUGGGAGCUUGCUGUACAGAAAUUAGCUGCUAUGUUAUAACUCUCUCUGGACCACUCUGGGUUGUCCUGAACGGGACAUGUAAGGACUCGGACAAACAUUAGAUAUUCUCUUUUCCAACUGUAGAUGGAAAAUCUCCAGUUGGACUAUUGCAGUUUCCUUAUAAAACAAGCAAUGACAUCAUCCCCUUAAAAUGUCUUGUGGUCUCAACCAAAUGCACUCUAUUAUUGACUGCCGGGAUUCAACUUUUGGCUGCUCUCUGCCUUUCCCUUGUCGAUAUGACUAAGGAAGGACAUCCCCUCUGUAGCUGCACUGAACUCCAGUCUCACUGCCAGGCCCGUGUGGGGGCUAGUGUGGGAAAUGUGAAAAUAAUGCAGUG